AUGUCGGAUUCAGUGUGGGAGAGAACGAAGCCCUGUUCAUCGUCUUCUCCAUCUCACCCUCGCCGGCACGAAGCUUUUCAGCACCGUUCAUCAUCUCACCCUCGCCGGCACGAACCUUAUCAGCACCGUUCAUCAACUCACCCUCGCCGGCACGAAGCUAUUCUCGUUUUUGUUCUGAUUCCUCAUCCUCGCCGGCACGAAGCUUUGGUGAUUUGGAAGAAGGGCAAUGAUCAAGUGUAUAAGUCAUCAUCAUUUUCUUCAUCUCUCAAACACCCAACUCAAAAUAUUCUCUUCAAGGAAAAAGCUGUGAAACUUUCUCCGAUUGAAGAAAUUCGAACUGUCCUUGAUCGUAGUGUACGCGGGACGCUCUCAACAUUUUCAAAGUAUAGGGCUGUAUAUGGCAGUAUGGCAGUAUUGAUAGCAUUGAAACGAGCACGUUUCAGGGAUUCAUCAAACAUCAAUGAAAAUCUUAAACACAAUGAACCAUGCAACACAUUAGUUAGCGUGUAG